UUCCUUUCUUCUUUCCAUUUCUGCCGUUUCUUUUCUUUUUUUUUUUUUUUUUUGCAUUUUUUAUUUUUCUGUGGCAUGUCUGUCUCUGAGAUUAGUGCUACAUUUUAGAGAGAGAGAGAGAGCCAGAGGGCGCUAAGAGCGCCGCGGGUUGAACAGAGGUCCUGUUUCUCACUGCAGUGAGAAGGGAAGGGAGGAGACAGGAAUGGAGAAAGCCCUGACAAAAGUUGGGAGCUUAAAAGCUGGGACCUUUUGGAUUUCCAGGAAAGCCAAGGAGGAGAUCUCCAACAUCGGUGAAGACCUCACUACUUUCUCAAAUACUGUUGAAGAGAAGGCUAAAUGGAUCUUCAACAAGCUAAAAGGCAAGCCACUGAAAGCCCUGCCGGAUCUUCUCCGAGAGUACAAUCUACCAUCAGGCCUCUUUCCCCAAAACAUAAUUUGCUAUGAAUUUGAUGCAACAAAGGCCAAGUUGAUUGUUUACAUGCCUUCUGUCUGUGAGGUGAUCUUCAAGGACUCUUCUGUAGUGAGGUAUGCCACUAGAGUGAAAGGGACAUUGAUGAGAGGAAAGCUCACCGGGAUAGAAGGAAUGAAGACAAAGGUCCUGGUGUGGGUUAAAGUCACCAGCGUGACUGUUGAAAGCUACAAAUCUGACAAGGUUUGGUUCACGGCUGGUGUGAAGAAGUCAAGGCCAAAGGAUGCAUAUGAGAUGGUUCGUGAUUCUGUCAAGGUAGAGGAAUUCUGAGUAUAGAAUAAUAAACGUCCAUACUGUCAAAUUUAUCGUUGUCUUCUUGGCUGAAAUUUGUUGUUUCUUAACACAUUGGUGCACUGUAAUGUGAUUAUAAAUGACCUUAUUCAUUAGUGAAUCCAUCUCUAUAGUCUAUAGAGAAGGAGACUUUCAUUUUGCUAGGCACAUUGCUGACUGUACUCAUGGUGUUCUUUUGAGUAGAUUAUAAGCAUUUCAUUUAAACGCA